GUCCUCCUCCCGCCCGCGGCCGUCCCUCCUCCUCCUCCGUCGCCCUCAAACACUCACAGCGCUUCUGCUCACACCGCUCGUUUUCUGCGAUGCGGCGCAAGCUCUUUCUUUCAUCCCUCCUUCGCCACUUCCAAACCCUAGCCGCUCCUCCUACCAACGUCUCCGGCAGCCGCCCAUACUCCACAACCUUAUUUAUUAGUCGAUUCGGUUCCCACGACCGCGAUUUAUGGUCUAAGUGCUACUCCUCGGUAGCUUCCCAAUCUCGCUUCUUCCAAGAUGAGAAGCAGGGUUACUUCCCUUCGAGAUACUCCGAGGACGCGAAGAAAGGAAGAUUGGUCCCCGUUAAUGCCUAUUUUCUGUCUACCAGGUCUAUUUCUCGAUUCAGUAUGCACGUUUGGCCCUCUGUUUCUUGUUUGCUAUCAUUGCUGCAUGGAUUAUUCGGUUUCUUGAUCCAAAUUGUAGUGUUGAUUUGAAAAGCUUGAGGGCGCAGAAUGCGUUCAACCUCAUUUCUCUGGCUUCUCGUUUCAGUGACUGUGUCAUUCUUAGAUUCUACGAUAAUAACUUCAAGUUCGAGAGUGAUCCUCAGACUAUUCAGUAGUUGAAAUUCCAACUUUGAAGACGUGGAUGAAAGGUGGACUCGACCAUAUUAUGCUUAAAAGUUUGAGUGUUGAUGGCAUUCACACCAUUGCAAGUGUUCUUGGUCAAAGCAUUGCCUUAGAUUACUUUAUUCGGCAGGUACCUCAGCUGCCUUUCAAAAUGUCAAAUGCAUCAUUUUCUGUAUUCUAAAAGAUUAUCUACCUUGUCUUGAUGGAAUGUUUUAGUGUUCUAAAAAAUUAUAUCUUACCUAGUUACCUUGUCUUGGUUCGGUUGAUGUAAUGGUGGAACUAUUUAGCAAUAUAAAUCAGGAAAUGGAGAAAACAGGUCAUUUUAGGUUGAAGAACAAAAUGCUUUUGCAAUUAGUUGGAAAAGCAAAUUCUAUUUUGGAAGCAGUUAUUCUAAAGCUCAAGCUUUUUGACAGGCCAGAGAUUGCUUGGAAGAAUGCUAAUUACGCCCAGAUAUGGGAGUAUCUUCGUGAUGAUUUUGAGUUGACAAAUCGAUUUGGUAGCCUCCAUUUCAAGUUGGAGUUCGUGGAGGUGUCCAGACUCCAAACCUUUAUGAUCUGUUUACUCCAAAGCACAGAUGAAGAACGCAAAGGAAUGAACGGUGGAAAACUUAACUCAGUAGCAAAAGAUCUAAGGGAAAGGAAUCAUAGAGUAAGACAACAGCGGCGUCGGUGGCUCGAUGCUCUCCACCGUAGCGCUCUUGAGGACCUCCGAGGACGACAAAGACAAAGCAAACACAUAAUCGAACGCGUCGGCGGGUGCCUGAUGACUCGGCUGCGCCUCCAAUGGACUAACACAGGCUAGCUGCUGGAGCUCCCCAGAGAUGUCAGAGUUGAAGCUAGAACAGGUGGAGAAAGCCUGAGAGAGCUCGAGUAUCUUGGACUCAAAUUCCGUGGACUUGGCAUCAGAAGGGCGAGGGGGCCGACGGCGAGCUGCUGAAGCUGGAAGUACAGAGUCGGUCAAAUUCUCGGAGACAGUGGCCGAGCACGACGGCGGAGGAGCGCCAGGCAUUGAAUCGUUCCGAAGAGGUUGGAGCAAACGUACUCAUGGACCAGCCAAGAGAACGCUGGAUUUGCGAUGGACUCGAGGAUGAGUUGGCGAGAGAGAUCAUGAUGGUGGAAGAGGAGCCUGUCAUUAGAAGGAAGGAAGUGGAAGAGGGGAAUAACGGUCGUGGAGCAAGCCGGAGGGGAUGUUGGAGGCGGCGCCGCUACAAUUGCGAAGGAGCGACAGCUUCCAUUCGGCGAGUGUACAAGGAGAAGGCGAGGGAGAUUGGCUCGCCUCUUGCUUCCGUCCAAUUUCGAGGGGAUGAAAAAAUGGCUAAAAAUGAUCAACUGACGCAUUUGAAAUCUGUCCGUCAAUAAUUUUUUUAUAGGUAAACAUGAGAAAUGAUCUCGAAUCUCGUACUAUCCAUCCUUUUACUGAUCCAUACUUCGAGGUAAACACUCGAUUAGUUUUGGAGAUGAGCGGCUCUCCCUACUGCACUUGAAU